AUGUUCUCGUACAUCAAAUCAAUUUUCGGGCUCGGCCAAACAACUCUAGUGCUGGAUUCAACACCAGCAUCAAACCAAUUCCAAAAUUGGCUUAAAGUAUUCAACAAGAUCGAUAGGCAGGAUCUGAUUGAUUACCAUACCGGCAGCGCAUUCCCCUACUCUGCUGCCACUGGCGCAUUUGCAACACCACUCGACGAAUACCGAAUGGCGCAUAUGUCUAGUGGCUAUGAAAUCAUGUCUCUCGAACCCGACACCACGCCAUCGAGAUUGACCAUCCUUCUACGUGAAAAGUCGAUGAAAAGAUUCGUUCGUGCUACCAUAGAAGUCAACACCUCCACGCCCGCCAACACAGUCACAAAAUUCGAAGUCAUCCCCGUCGUCACGCCGUUAGAUCACAUUCCAGCCAACGAUCCAAGACGAGCAAUGUUUGAGAAAGCUCUACAACCACUUACUCCUGAACUACGCAAGAAGAUCGUUUAUGAAAUUGUACAGCUAGUUAACUCACGAUAUCCCCAUCCCGAGACUUCAGACACGAUCACAACCACCCUGGAAACUCACCUUCAAAGCGGGAGCUAUGACACUUUCACCACAAGCGCAGCAUUCUCUCAUCGACUGUCACAAGAUAUCAAAGCCACCACCAACGACUCUUCCCUGUGGAUCUCCUUCACUGAACCCCCACCCCAAUCUUUACCGUCCAAAAACAUGGGUUUCGACUCUUUCAGAAGCAGCGAGACGGGACUUGGUCAACCUACCUUUAAAAACACAUCUAAGAAGAAGAUCAUCGCUACUUUGCCGAUUUCUGAGUUUCUGGAAGCUGAGAAUUCUGAUACACUUGCGAAAACAAGCGAGAUCAUAAGUCGAGUCGCGGAUGCAGACCUGCUUGUCCUCAAUAUCCGCGGGGCAAGCGGACGGAAUUUUAGGAAAGCGGCGUGGAUAUUGUCGUUUUUGAUGGUAGAUACGACGAUUGAAUUACUGCGACUUGUUGAUAAAGCCGGGAAUGUGGUUGAAACUAUAUCCACCACUGCUUUAUCCAACCUCCCUCCCAAUGCCAAAAUCUAUGGGGGUACGAAGCCGAUUUUCAUUGUUACUGAUGUCAAGACGUGCUCGGCGGGGGAGUUUAUGGUCUAUGUGUUGAAAGGGAAAAGGAAUGGGGUGAAGGUUAUUGGGGAUGGGAAUGAGACUACGAUGGGAGAUGGGGCGGUGAUGACGCAUCCGGAGUUUGUGUGUGCGGAGACUUUUGGGGAAAUGUGGUGGUUGGCUGCCGUGCCUGAUCGAAAGGUUGAGGGGGAUGAGUGGGAGGGGGGUGUGGUGAGUGAUGUUAUUGUGGAGGAGGGGAGGAGGGUUGAGGAUGUGGUUGCUGAGAUGGGUGAGAGGUUAUUAGAUGGGUAUUGA